AAAAAGUGAGGUUAAAGACGCUAAUGCGCUAAUCCUGUUGAUUUUUGUUUCACAAAGUAAAUGCUGAAAUACAAAACCUUUGACUAUUAGUUUAUGGGAAAUUGUAACAAUUACAACAAUGAAAUCUUUCCCUGCCAAUAAGACAUCCAGAAGUGCACAUUAGACCCAAGUUUUCAAUUCCAGUGGCCACCCUCUAUUGCUUCCCUUAGGAAGGAGGUAGGGAAUAUAUAUAUCGGAGAAUGCGGAUGAAGCUGGACGGUUAUUGUUUGUAACGAAACCCUCAACUAGUUAUCAAAAUGCCGCGACCUAUUGAUAUGUAUCAUGGAGAUGAGGAGCAAGUGGCCAUUGAAGAGGAAAUAGAUGUUGUCACAGAGGAAAUCAGUGUGGAGCCAUCGCCGAGACUCAAAAGACACAAGAAGCAUAAACAUAAGAAACACAAAAGGAAAAAAAAUGAAAGUGAUACUCUCGAAGAAAUUAUCUCUCCAGGGCUGAUUGACGAUUUGGACCUUCCUCAGUCAUCAAUUGAAAAGUCGCUGUUCGAAGAUCUGAAAUCUUCCUUUGCCGGAAUCUCUCAAGAGGAUGUUGAUCUAUCGCAGAAGAGUGGGAACAGUGCUAGUGAUACCCAAACCUCAAUUGCUGAGAACAAAAUUCCAGGUUUAUCUCCUAAAAAUAGUUCAAAAAAGAAAAAGAAAGAAAAAGAUGGUGCAGCUUCAAGUGAUGAAGAGCGUUGGUUGAAUGCCAUUGAGUCUGGCAAACUUGAAGAGGUGGACGAUGAACUCAAGAAAAUUAAACCAAAGGAUCCAAAGUUAAUGACGGCAAGACAAAGAGCGAUGUUCGAACGCAAAACAGAUAGCUCUGCUUCGCCAGCAGAGCAGCUACUAGCAUUACCUUCAGGUUACAGAGAAAAAGUUCUAACCCCUGAAGCUUUGCAAAAGAAGGCUUUAAAAUCUCAAAGGCGAAAACAGCAAGCUGAUGAGAAACGAGAAAAAGAUAAGAAAAAGACGAUGGAACGAUUGCUAAAGAAACAAGAAAGCAAAUCAUUAAAACAAAGCACGGCCAAAUCAAAACUUCUGAUGAAAAAGAUUUACCCCUGCAUAUCUUAUCGUAAUACGACUGAUUUAAUCACACUCUCUGUCCCUGAGAAUGUUGCCUUUCCUCUCGAGUCCACAAGAAGUGUACUCACCCCUCAGGUUCAAACGUGCGGUGUCAAAGGCUGUGAUAAUAAAAAAAAGUACACUUGCUCUAAAACUCAGGUACCUCUUUGUAGCUUGACCUGCUAUAAAGCCAACUUGUUACAAGUACGCUGAUACUUCAAAAAUGAGUAUUACUUAUUAAGUGACUAAUUUUCUAUUAAUGACUUGUACCGAAGACACUUUAUUAGACUUUAGAACUAUUUUGCCCUAGUCAUUAAAUUAAAAGUGUAUAAAUGUAUGAAUCAUAUAAAUGUACAUAGCAUCAA